UCAGCGAGUCUCGGGGGGCGGGGGUGCUCGGCGCACGGGAUGGAGCGGACCCGGGAAGCUUCUGGGGGAGGCCAGGCCGAAGCCAGGUCCCCAGAAGAGUCCUUGGCAAGCCCGGAAACGGAGCAGCCGCAGAUCCCCGUGGAGGCUCCGCAAGCCGGGGUUCCCGACGGCAACCCGAGGCCGGAGCGGACCGGGAGGGAGGCGGCGGACGCGGAGCUGCAGGUACUCUCGGAGGAGAAGCCGCAGCCUCCGGCUCUGUCCGGGUCCCCGCGCUUGCCGCCGCUCAGCCUGGGCUAUGGCGCUUUCCGCCGCCUGGGCUCAUGCAGCCGCGAGCUACCGUCGCCGAGCCCCUCGUGGGCCGAGCAGCCCCCGGACGGCGGGGUCGAGCCGCAGCCCUGGGCGGCGUCAGGAGAGCCCACGCCCGGGUCCUGGGCGCCCGUGGAGCUGCAGGUAGACGUGCGCGUUAAACCCGUGGGCGCGGCGGGAGCCAGCCGCGCGCCCUCGCCCGCGCCGUCCACGCGCUUCCUCACCGUGCCGGUGCCGGAAUCGCCCGCCUUCGCCCGCCGCUCGGCGCCCACGCUCCCGCGCCUGCCACGCGCCCCGUCGCCGGGCUCCACGUGGGGCCGUGGAUCGCCGCUUGCCGCGCCCCCGACCGAGCGCAUCGGCCCCACCGAGGGCAGCGCGGUCGCCCCGGGCUCGCCCACUUGCCGCUGUCGCUGCCGCUGCCAGGAGCCCGGGCUGACCAAAGAAGACGCCGCGCUGCUGCAGCGCGCAGGCGUGGACAGCAAGAAACUGCCGCGGGCCAUCACGCUCAUAGGGCUGCCCCUGUACAUGAAGUCCCUGCGCUGGGCUCUGGUGGUCAUGGCUGUGUUCCUGGCUGUCUGCACUGUGGCCAUCGUGGCACUGGCCUCUAGAGGAGCCAGGUGCCAGCCAUGCCCUCAGGGCUGGUUGUGGUCUCAGGAACACUGUUACUACCUCUCCGAAGAAGCUCAAGACUGGGAGGGCAGCCAGGCAUUCUGCUCAACCCACCAUGCCACACUGCCCCUGCUGAGCCACACCCAGGACUUCCUAAGAAAAUACCAGAUCACCAAAGGCUUCUGGGUGGGGGCCCAACGAGGCCCUGAAGGCUGGCACUGGACUGAUGGGGUCCCUUUGCCACCCCAACUGUUCCCAAAGGACAGUGAGGACCACCCAGACUUCAGCUGCGGGGGUUUGGAAGAAGGCCAGCUCGUGGCUCUGGACUGUAGCUCUCCCAGACCCUGGGUCUGUGCCAGGGGGGCCAAGUGACUUAGUGUCCUGUGCCAGACCUGUCUGGAGCUGCGCUCGUUGCUUUGCUUUGGUGUGACCUGACAGACAACUUCAAGGAGGCAUGAGUUACCAGACUUGCACUUUUAGAGGCGCUGCACCUAACGGAGCUGCCCAGUCCACAGCAGCAGGAGCAUAUGGCUGCAGUCACCUUACCAGAAGCAGAGGGAGUGCCAAAGCCAGGGGUGGAACAACCUUCAAAGGCCUGUCACUGUUGACAUACCUCCUAAAGCUCCCACAGUCCCCAGAUCCAGCACUACCAGCUGGGAACAAGCUGGUGGAGGAUAUUUCAGAUUCAAACCAGAGCAUUCCUGUAACAAAUUUCAUGAAGACUUAUGACUAUCUUGUUUAGAGACAGGAUCUCUAUGUAACCCUGGUUGGGCUGGAACUUACUGUGUGGUCCAGCGUGGCCUUAAGUUCUUGGACAAUCCUCCCGAGUACAGAGAGUAUAUGCCACCACACCCAGCCUAUGGCCAACUCAUUCUGCAAAAUACAUUCAGUCCAACUUCAAGAGUCUCUAUAGUCUUAACAGUUCCAGCACUGUUCAAAAGUCCAAGGACGCCGGGUGGUGAUGGCGCACGCCUUUAAUCCCAGCACUCGGGAGGCAGAGG